AUGGGAGCCGCAACACCAAAAGAGCCCCAAAGGCUUCCACAAAACAUCCUACAGCAAGCGAAAAAUAGUCCUGUUGCUACAGAAGAUGGAUCUAUGCUUGAGCACGCUGUUAAAAGCUUUUUUGCUCCUUGCGUCGGGACAACUGGAGUGGUUUCCUUAUGCACAGGAGCUGCAGACGAACGUCAAGAUCCGUCAAAUGCAGAUGCUGGAAGAGGAGAUUAUUUGACCCUUUCGAAGAUAAGAAAACUAUUCAGAAGGAUGACAAACAGGAUGGAGGGCGUUGAAAUUGAAUUCGGGAACGAAUCCCACGACGAAAGUGAAGUGUCCGAAGUAUCAGCAGACACGUUGGAAGAGCUAGAUAGGCUGAGACGUCAUCUGCAUUCCUCGUUCAAUAAUGAAUCUAUCUCCAUUGAUGCAGUUUCCACCUCUGGAUCUGAGUUGUCAGAUGAAGUUUUCGUUACUGAGUUUCAUACAGCGAUACACAUUUUGAAUUGGAAUUUACUGAAGUUCCGACUGAAGCAAAUGAAAUGGGAAAAGGAAUGUCAAUCGACAUCGAAAACUUCGAAUCAAGUUGUUGCUAAAGGAACCAAGGAAUUAUUACGUAGCAAUUGCUUGUUGGUUGUAGAUGAAGAGGGUAGGACCCCUCUUCAACUGGCUUGCGAGAAAGAAGCUCCCUCGCCAAUUUUGCGGCAGCUUGUUGAAAUUCAACCUGAGGCUGCAUCUGUGGCUGACGCAAAGGGACAAUAUGCGAUUCAUAUUGCUGCUGGAACAGCAGUAUCAGCAGAAGAUAUUCAAACGAUAGCUUCGGCGUUUCCUCGGGGACUGUUGGCUGUUGAUUGCAAGGGAAAUUCGCCUUUAUCUCUUGCAAUAGAUCGGUUGCCUGAAUUCGUAGAAUCAACUGCGAUCUCUAGUCAGAAAGCUCGAUGGGGUGCGUCAUAUGAUGAAGAGGAGAUAAAUUGGCAGAGACGCCAGAAAAUAGUAUGGGGAAAGAUCGAGAUAUUACUAACAGUAAUGACAAGGUUGAAUAAGGCAAUCCAUCCAAGAGAGCAAGGGAUGAUGAUCUAUCAAGCAAUGAACAACAGUGCCCCGCCAUCAGUCAUCGCAUUGAUGAUCAAAUGCAGUCGGAGGGAUAAAGAGAACAAAAUAUUCCAACCAAAUAUUGCUCUUUGUGCCAAGUGUGUCGAUAUCGUCUUUCAAUUUUCUUUUCCAUUGAACAUCCUGAAAAAUGUUUUGAAAGCAGCAUCCUACGAUCCAGCGAAACCUCCGAAGAAACUUUUGUUCGCUCUUCAACGCGGCCUGAGAAAUCAUUAUGAAUACGGCUUCAUGAAGAUAAAAUCAAAUCGAAGCGAAAUGAUUACCUUGAGUGAAGAGAUAGUCGUGUGGCACCAGCAUCGCAGAUCGAGAACGGACAGAAAAGAUGGAGACGAUGACUCAUCAUUAGGGAGGACAAACGCAAGCCAAGAUUGGUUCAACAUGCUGUCAUUCUUGCUUGUGCACACAACAACUGAGCGUCCUCAAGAUCUUACAAACCAGCACAUUUUGCAUAUUGCACUAUCGAAUCCAACAUCGCCGCUCUCGUUGAUAAGAUUGAUCGUGAAGAUCUACCCGCACUCACGGAAAAGAGUGGAUCCCCGAUCAGGGGCACUUCCACUGCAUAUUGCAUGCUUUACCAAGUGGGAUAGUGCUGCAAAUGAUGCUGCAAUCCUCGAGACACUCAUGGGAAAACACAAUUCUCAUUGGGUCUGGCGGCGCUUUGAGGAUCGCUUACCACUUCACCAUGCUUUGGGAAGUGGAAAGAUGCACUCUUUCACCAUGCCCUUAGUCCGUUUGGAUCCCAAAACACUUCUUGUUCGCGAUCCCUAUACAAAGCUCUUUCCAUUUCAGCUUGCCGCUAUCGAUAGUUCUAAAGAGACCAACAGAGGUCAAAGAGAAACAAUCGAAACUUUACAUUCAAAGGACAGUAUUUUUGAAGCAAAAAGACAACCUGCAAUGACAUGGUAUUCUACAAAAUCCCAGUCACUUCACCGUCACAAUAUGGAUAGGAGUGAACUCCAAGACCUAGAUAAGCUCACAACCAUCUUCGAGCUGAUGAAGAUGAAUCCAAACGCUAUUGGCGUCGGUGCAAUGAAAAGGUCAAAGAUUCACGACUCUAGAGAGCUCACUGACGCUGGAAUAGUUGCUUCGAAUUUUAUUCAUUGGUUUUACAACUAUCAAGGAGAAUCAGGAUGGUACGCUUCCACAAAACGAAUGGCACUUGCUCAGACUGCUAUAGCCACUUCAGCUAUACCUCGUGAAAUGCAUGGUUUCUGGCAAAAGGCUCUCACGCUAAUAUGGAAUGAAUCCUCUUCUGGUCUUGGGUUGCAUAAACGAGACGAUCAAUUUUUGCUGCAUUGUGCGGUAUCCAAUCCAGAUGUUCCACCACUUGCAAUCGAAAUUCUACUCAUGACCAUGCCAAACACCGUUUCAAUACCCCUCCCGGGAACAUCAAUCUAUCCUGUGCACAUCGCAGCAUCGACACCAGCGUAUGUUCCGCAGUCUUUUGAAACAUCGAUAUCGAACACCUCUUUGGAGUUUGUUAGCCAAAUGACACCCCGCAGUAUUCUAAUCGACUCAAGUAUGGGAAGAUCAGCGCUUCAUAUUGCCAUCGAGGAGAGAAAGUCUCGAAAAGAAUUGUGCCAGCUCGCGAAUGUUGAGAAACGGCUACUAUUGGCUACUGACACGGAGACGGGAUUGUUGCCCUUCCAGAUGUUGGCCAUGAAACGAGACCGCACUCCAGACCAAACUCUAAGACUUAUAUCAGAGGCAAAAGCGCGGUCAUCCCUUGUGAAUUGGUCAACCCUUUCAAGUCCCCAGAAGUCACGAUUGAUUCGGCAGCGACAUGAGAAGGAAGAGCGCAACAUUCUCAGCACCCUUUUUGACUUUAUUCGGGCUGAACCGGCCGUUGUCGAGAUGACAAAAGCGCAGAUCCCGACUCAUAUGUUGCUAGGUGACGACGAAAGCACUUGUGGUGGCAUCGAUGAUCAAUCAAUAGAGAUCACUGGAGACGAAAGACUCGUUGAAAUGGUGCUUCGACAAUGCGAAGGCAAAAAAGUGCCAGCAGAAUUAGACAUCGAGUAUGACUUUGAGGAAGGGGACGAUGACUGUGGCAGUACUGGGGAGGCCUUUGUUGAGAUGGUGGUGCGCGAAGCUGAGGACGGUGCAUCAAUAAAUACUGGUAUACAUGAAAGCGAAUGUUUGAAUGACAUCCUCCUCGAAAGUUGCGAGAGAUGGCGAGAUGUUGGGAUUCUUUUGGAACAGGCUCUUGGUCAGCAUGACCGUGUGUCCUCACAGAUGGCUAAGAGUAAAAUGGUUCUUGAGCAAUAUGAUGCUAGGCGCCAAACCAGCCAUGAGUUUCAUUGA